GACGAGCAUUAUAUGUUCAACGCAGGGUUGUUGGGGAAGUGAUAAGCUUCGGCUUUACGGAGGCGGCGUUUUCCACCAGGUUCCGCUGCCGAUGGAUAGACUCGAAAGCGUGCAGGGAGUAGUAAAAGCUCUGGGGAAAACAGGUAGAAUCAACUCUGUUGAUAUAACAAAAGUUCCCAAAGCAGUGGCAUCAGAGUUCUCAACAGGUGAAGUGCCUGAGGCUCCGGCUGCUCCGCCUUACGAUGAACGGAUGUUAGCGAACUAUGUGCCGGUCUAUGUGAUGCUUCCGGUAAUUGGGAGUUAUUUCAAAUGAUAAUGUUUUCAAAGAUCAGCCCAAGAUCGAGAAACAGCUCGACGAACUGAGAGCGGCCGGGGUCGACGGAGUAAUGGUUGAUGUUUGGUGGGGGAUUGUAGAAUCAAAGGGACCUAAACAAUACGACUGGAGUGCUUACAGUAGCUUGUUUACACUCGUUCAAGAAUGCGGAUUGAAACUACAAGCCAUUAUGUCAUUCCAUCGAUGUGGUGGCAAUGUCGGAGAUGAAGUUACCAUCCCGCUUCCGAAAUGGGUGCUCAACAUCGGUGAAACCGACCCUGAUAUCUUUUAUACCAAUCGGAGAGGUAACCGGAAUGAAGAAUACCUCACCAUUGGUGUGGAUAAUCAGCAGAUUUUUUAUGGAAGAACCGCGGUCCAGAUUUACAGCGACUACAUGAAGAGCUUCAAGGAGAACAUGUUGGAUUUUCUCGAAGCAGGGCUCAUAAUCGACAUCGAAGUUGGGCUUGGUCCUGCAGGGGAGCUUAGAUAUCCUUCUUAUACAGGAACUCAAGGAUGGGUUUUCCCUGGUAUUGGAGAAUUUCAGUGCUAUGACAAGUACCUCGAAGCGGAGUUCAAAGAGGCGGCAACAAAUGCAGGCCAUCCCGAAUGGGGAUUGCCCGAUAAUGCGGGGGAAUACAACGACACGCCCGGGAUGUCAGAGUUCUUCGGACUGAACGGGACAUACCUGACAGAGAAAGGGAAGUUUUUCUUGACUUGGUACUCGAACAAGUUAAUAAACCAUGGCGACGAGAUCCUCGAUGAAGCUAACAAAGCUUUCUUGGGGUGUAAAGUGAAGCUAGCUGCAAAAAUAGCUGGAAUUCAUUGGUGGUAUAAAUCUCCUAGUCAUGCAGCAGAACUAACUUCAGGAUAUUACAAUUUGAAAGACCGAGACGGAUACCGACCGGUCGCCAGGAUGUUGUCGAGGCAUUAUGCUAUUUUCAACUUCACAUGUCUGGAGAUGAGGAACUCGGAACAACGAGCCGACGCCAAAUGCGGGCCUCAGGAACUUGUUCAACAGGUUCUGAGUGGAUGCUGGAGAGAGCAGCUCGAAGUAGCAGGAGAGAAUGCGUUAUCGAGAUACGACAGUAACGGUUACAAUCAAAUCCUGUUAAAUGCUAGGCCUAAUGGUAUCGACAGAGACGGUAAACCAAAGCGGAUAAUGUAUGGGGUCACAUAUCUUCGUUUAUCGGACGAGCUUUUGAAAGACAAGAAUUUCAAGAUAUUCAAGACAUUUGUGAAGAAAAUGCAUGCUGGUCAAGAUUAUUGUGCAGACCUAGGGAUGUAUGAUCACCAAAUAGGUCCAUUGGAGCGGUCGAAGCCGAAGUUAGCGACAGAAGAUCUACUGGAAGCAACGAAGCCGAUGGAGCCAUUCCCUUGGGGAGAAGAAACAGACAUGAAGAUUGAUGAUUUUGAGGGUGUGAUCGCUAUUUUGAUAAGAAAGCUGUUUUCCAUGUUUUAGUGAGAGAGAGAGAGCUCAAAC